ACCGCGCUCAGCACCACGCCUGCCAGCACGCUGGUGGGGGGGACAGGGACCUGCUGGUGCCCAUGUUCUUGGCACAGGGAGAGCCAGGGUCACGCGCUUGGGGCCAGCCCCAAGCUGCCCCGGGCUGCUCUUCCCCAGGCUGCACAGAGCCGGCUCCACCGGCCUCUCCUGCGGGCCCAUGCUCCGGCUGGGGAGACGUUUGCCCGACUCGGGGCCCGUCCCUGCGGCUGCUGGAGCGAUGCAAACCCUCGGUUGCUUUCCUUCCAGGUUUCUUCACUUGGGUAGGUGCCCAGUCGGGACCUGCGCGUGGCGAGGACGGCGGCAAGGCGGCCGGGUCUGUCCCUGUGGCCAUCGCUACCUUUGCCACCGUGGUGACUUCUCUGUUGAACCGGCUGCAAGACGCCGAGGGCAGCAGAGCGGAGACCUACCGCGAGCUGGAGAGCGUCUUGUGGGGCGACGAGAGCCAUCUGCAGAGCUCUGAGGUGGACAGAGUGAUAGCAGUGGCGUUGGAGGACCUGCGAGCGGCCCAGGGUGGGACGGCCUCCGUGAGGACGGCGGCUAGUGAUAUCCUGGUGGCGCUGGCCCGCUCCCACUUGUGCGACGUGGUGUCGGCGCUGCAGGGCCACCUGAAGGCCCUGGAGGAGACGUCGGAGGAGUUUGUCCUCAUCACCCUGCGCAACCUCGCCACACGCUACGCCCUGCAGUGCGUGCCCUUUGCGGCAACGACACUGUCAGCCCUGCGCGGCGUGCUGAGCGAGGUGGGGAGCGGCCGGAUGCUGGAGAGCAUGGGAAAGAACAGCCAAAACCUCCAAGCGUGUGCUGAGGGGCAGGCGUUUGGGAAGGGGGAGGCCGGGGCUGCAGCGGGCAGUGGUGGAAGGGAGCGAGGCUGUGCGGAGGAGGAGGUGUGGUGCUGGGGCGGAAGAGGGGAGAAACAAGGCAGCGUUGCCAUCCAGGUGUCUCAGACCAUGGCACAACGCGUCCCUGAAGGCAGAUCUCCUUGCAACCUGUGCCCUGGCGAGCCUGGCCUGGGCUUAAAGCAGGCCCGGGGGCCAGUGCAAGGUCUUCACCAGUCAGAGACUUUGGUGCGAUCCUGUUUCCCUUCUUGUGCUGCAGUUCUGGAGCAGUGGUGCAGCGGCAUAAGCAUGUACUUCCGCGAGGGGGAGAAAGGUGCCUUCCCUCGCCUGGGGCCUGCCCAGCUCUGUGCCCACGUUUACCCGCUCUUCUGCUACGUGAGCAGAAAGCGGCGGUGCUGCGAGGAGGAAGAGGUCAAGCAGGCUGUGCUCAGGGCGAUGGGUGCCAUGAUGGGUGUCCUCCUGCACGUGGAGGAGCACCGUGAGCACGCCUGGGAGCAUCUCCUCUGGCUGCUGCACCAGUAUCGGGAAGUCUGGGACCCCUUUGGGGUGACCGUGAGUCUCGGCUAUUUCCUGGGGGCUGUGGCAGACAUUCAGACCCGCGUGCCCCGGGCCAGGCAUCUGGCCAUCGCCACUGCUGUGCACCAGCAGCUCUGCGAUGAGAUGGAGCCGCCCAGCCCAGAGCACAGAGCAGAGCUGUGCCGCUGCAUGGUGCUGCAGGCCCGAAUUUGCCCGGAGGAGACCAUCGAGUUCCUCUACUACAAGCUGAGGAACGGGAGCAAGGCCGAUCGCGUGGCAGCCGUGGCAGUGCUGCAAGCUCUGGUCCGCUCUGACGCCCCGGACACGAGGGAGAAGCUGCCCCUCUUUGCGAAGCUGGUGCAGUCCAUGUGCCAUGACCCCGCGGCCCAGGUGAGGAGGGCAGUGCUGCAUUUCAUUGGGGAGCUGCUGCGCUCCAGUGCCCUGGGCUGCUCGGCGUGGGACGUGGUGGGGCACCUCUUCAGCGAGUUCAGCCGGGCCUCGGGCAGACUGGCAAUGGGAAACCUUAGCAUGGUGGAAGCGCGGGAAGAAAGGGCUGUUCAGAGCCUGUGCGCCCACGUGCUGGGCACGCUGGAUGUCUCUGCUGGAGCGGUGGCCAAACUCCUGUGGCCGAAGCUGCUGUGGUACGUGGUGCCAGCCAAGUACACGGGCAUGAUGGUCCCGCUCUGCCGCUGCCUGCGCAGCCUGGCCGAGAGACGGGACAGGGCAGAGCAGGAGCAAGAGGAGGCAGCGCCUGAGGCCCUGGAGUCUGAGGAGCCAGCCGCUCUGCCAGCUCCCCAGGCCCUGCUGGCUCGCCUGCUGGUGGUGGCGGCAGUGGCUCCACACGCGGGCGGUGGCCGUGGAGCCGCGGCCCUGCAGCUGCUGCAGGCGCUCCCCAGCACGAUCCACGGAGCCGUGGGGGCGAAGUGGGCCGCAGACAUCCCCCUGCUGCUGCAGCACCUGGCAGGAACAACAGCGAGCUCCCUGGACGUGGCCGAGUGGGAGAGCCUUCUGCUGAAGUUCCUGCAAACCUCUCUGGAGCUCAUUGCGAGCGAGGCCUGGACCGUGGGCCUGAGCCAGGAGCUGAGCCGGCAGCUGGGCAGCUCUCCCCGCCUGUCCUGGGAGAAGCGGUUCCUGUACAAGGCUCUCGGCACGGCCCUGGCAGCUUGUGGGUGUCUCCACCACGUGCAGGAGCAGACCUUGGAGCACCUGAAAGCAGCCAACUUCCUGGAGCUGUGGCAGGCGCAGGGCAUGGUUUCAGUUGUGUCCCGCUGUGCCGAGAGCCACUUCCAGCUGGCCUUGUCCUUGGUGAAGGAGUUCACGGGGACUUUGAAACGCAAGAAGAGCAAGGCAAGAAGGACCCGCGCUACUCGCGCUGCGCUGCUGGUGAUGUACGGCCGGAUGGCGCUGCGCGCCCCCAGGGAGCAGCUGCUCGCCCGUGUCGAGAGAGACGUGGUGGCGAAUGUCCUGCAGCUCUACCGAGAGGGCUGCCAGGAUGCGCAGCUGAAGCUCUCCCUGGUGCAGAGCGUCACUGAGAUCAGCCUUGCCAUCCAGGCUGCAGGCGCCGGCCCCAGGUUUGAGCUCUGCUGCAAGCGGGAGCUGCUGCAGACCCUGCUGGAGGUGAUUCAGGAAGAGCCCCAGGAGUCCCCGGUGCACCCCCGGGCCCUCGUGGCCAUGCAGCAGUUGAGCAAGCUGAAGCCCCGUCUGAGCAGGGAGGAAAACCGCCACCUCCUGGCUCUGUGCUGCCAGGGCAUCGUGUGCCUUCGUCGCCCCGAGCAGAUGGACAGGAGAGGGCAGACGGCGGUGGCUGCUUCAUGCUCACCGGGUGUGCAGGCGCCGUCCCUGCGAGCGCUGGGCCAGCUCAUGGGAGCCCUUCUCUGGGCAGAGCUGGCCCCCAUCCACUUCGAGGACAUGGUGCAGGUCCUGCGGCGCUGGCUCACCUCGGCCCACGCAUGCGAGCGGGAGAGGGCCCUGCAGGUGUGCGUGCAGGUGCUGGGCUCUUAUGAAGAGAGAUGCGAGCACAGGCGAGGCCGUGCCUGCGAGUGGUUCGGCUCCCUGGCGGGACUGCUGGGGCCUCUGACGUGCGACACGUCGGCCGCGUCCCGCUGGUGGGCAGUGACCUGCCUCGGCCACCUGCUCCGAACAGGAGCCGAGAACACAGACGUGGCGCCCUGGACCAACGAGAUCGGGCGCCUGCGUGAGAGGCUCAGUGCCGUCACCUCUGAGUCUCUGCUGGCCACCUCCACCAACAUCGCGAAGCUCGUUUGCAAAUAUUUCCCCCGAGGCCAGGCCUCAGGCUUCAUGAGCAGCAUUGUGGAGAGCCUGCUGUGCACCAGGCCCAUGUGCGCGUGGGCCGCUGAGCGGUGGACGCUCACCUUCCUGGGGGAUUGCGGAGAGCAAAUAUUCCAGGAGGAGGUGCCCAAACUCGUGCACCUCCUUUACACCUGCCUGCGGAGCACCCGGCAGAGCGCUCGCAGGUGCUUUGUGCUGCGGGCCGUGUUCCUCCUGGCCCACUCUCACCCACAGCCGGUGCUCAACAGCCUCCUCCAGGCGUGCCCGCCCACAGACAGCGACACGGUGGAGGUGUGGAGGAGCCUGGGGAGAAGCGUCCUGGGGUGCCAAAUCCUGGUGUGCUUAACUGAAAAGUUAAGGGCAGCGGGAAAGAGCAGCCACAGGAGCGAGUGCUGCACUCGGGAGCUGGGCAGCAGCCAGGCUGCCCUGGAGCCUCGCACGAUCACCCACGCCCUCUGCGAGGUGGUGUCAGUGCUGCAGAGGAAGACACUGGUCCAGCGCCUGCUUCCCUACCUGCUUCCCGGCCUUCUGAGGCAGGUCAGCGAGACGCUGGGGGAGGAGCUGGCACUGUCCGUUGGGGACCUGGAGAGCGCUGACAUGCCGGGCAGCCUUUUUGUGGCGGCAUUGGAGCUGGUGCUGGCGAGGUGCCUGGACAGUCGGUGGCUGCGGCUGCUCCGGGAGCAGGGAGCGUGGGCGUCCCUGGCAGAGCCCCGGGCUCACAGCACCGGCGUGUGUCUCCUGGCGAGCAUGCUGCUCCGCGCAGAGCUCGUCCCACAGCGCCUGCUGCAGAGCCUCUUCCCCUGGCUGGAUUCGCCCUCCGCCAACCUGCGGCUCACGGCCACAGCUUUCUUUGCCGAGCUGAUGAAGGACAAGCUAGUGGAGGAGAGGAAGCUGCUGAAGCCGCUCCUAGAGGCCUUGGGGGAGAGAGCGCGCGACCCCGUCAGCACCGUGCGGCAGAUGGCCGUGAGAGGUCUGGGCAACGCAGCCAGCAGAGCACCCGCGAAGCUGCGGAGGCACGGGGCGGCCGUGGUGUCGGUGCUGCUCAGAGGCCUGGAGGACGCGGCCAGCACAGAGGUGGCUGCCGAGAGCCUGCUGGUGCUGGCGAAGGUGCUGGGGCUGCUGGAGGCGAGGGCCGUGGGCUCUGCCUUUGAAGAGAUCACCAGGGCCAGCCGGGCGUUCUGGGGGGCGGAGGAAGAGGUGCUGCGCUGCUCGGCCUUCGUCCUCUAUGGCACCCUGGCCUCCUCUGCUUCAGGGAGGAGGUCGUUUUUCAGCAGAGAGGUGGAGGCGGCAUUUCCCAGCCUGGUGCUGCACCUCGGGGACCCGGCCCCAGCCGUCUGCAGCGCGUGCAAGGUCUCCCUGCACCUG